GCGGCGUGAACCGCCUGGUCAUCCACUUGGGUUCCGCGAGCCUUUCGCGGGAGUUCGGCAGACGUCUGUCGGCCUUUCUGGACGGCGCCAGCGUGGAGCAGGCGGAGCUUGUCACUGAUGGCCGCGCCGCUGACACCUCCUCGCCGCAGCCGAGUGUCGGCAGGGCACUGGGCGGCGAGUACUACAUCGGCGACGGCGGCGACGGCUUCGCAGAGGUCGCCAGCGAGGGCCACCCGCUGGAGCUGCUCGUGGCAUCGGUGGACGUGCUCGGCGAGAUGCAAGACUGCAUCGCGAAGCCGUGGAAGCAGCCCAGCAAACAGGUGCCGAAGUUGAUGAAGGAGCUCAAGGCGGUGUUGGGGAGCUCGUCGGGGUGGUGCUGGGGAGCUCCGCAACUCGCGGAGAUGCAGCAGGACAGCCUCGCGGAACAGCCG